CGACCGGAUACGUCAUAAAGAAUAGCCCGGAGAGGAAUCGGCGGGUAGAUUGAAAUAGACAGAAACUAAGAACCAGAGUCAAUAUUUCAUGUCGUUUCUUUUGUGUAGUUUUUAACAAAAUGUUGAAGAAAGCACCAAGAAGUAACUUGAAAUCGCUCACAAGGAAGAAUUUAGACAUUCGUAUAGGUAAAAAUGCAGAAUUAUUGGUGGAGCUGAGCAUGUUGCUGUUUCUGCGCAGCCUGGCAGAAGAGUCCAGGGCAAAAGCUUUCGAGGAGAAAACAGCCACCAUCGGGGCCUGUCACUUCAAGGCUGUGUCCAAGAGUCUCCUGAAGAAUGCCAGGGGCUGAAGAGGAAGCAGCAUCUGUUUUUCUUUCAGAAUAACCUGCAUCACCAAUAUCUGCUGCUCAUGUAUACAUCACUGCGCGUCGACACAAAAGUUGAAGUGCUUUUAGAGGAAUAAUUGAUCCUCCAGUAAAAUGUUUUCAUUAAAAUGUUCUCCAUUUUGUAAAUAUAUCUUAGUGGUAUAAUAAAAAUGUUAAGUUCUUAA